AUGGGGACUAGCGGAUUCGAAUUGAGAGGGUGGGAGAGGUCUGGACAACACGAAAAUGAGCGAACGAAGGUCCUGGGACUUGUCUGGAAUAAGAAGAACGAUACCCUCGAGAUCAACAUGACGAGUUUGAAACAGGAAUUACCGGCGAAAAUAACGAAGAGAGUUAUUCUAUCGAUAGCACAAGCUCUUUUCGAUCCGAUCGGUUUUACCGCGCCCGUAACCUUGUUUCCAAAAGUUUUACUCCAAGAGGCUUGGGCAUCGAAGAUCGACUGGGAGACGGCGGUGAACGACGACUUGACAACGAGAUUUGUCGCGUGGUUCGAAGAAUUGCAAAUGUUGGGCGAAAUGAAAAUAUCGAGACAUUUGUUCGAUGGUACCGAAAAACCAGAAAAUAUGAGUCUCCAUGUAUUCUGCGAUGCUAGUCAAAAGGCAUAUGCGGCCGUAGUCUACAUACGUUCUGAAACCGUCGAGGGUGUAACCCUACGACUCGUACAAGCAAAAUCUCGAGUGGCGCCGAAGAAAACGACGAUUCCUCUUCUUGAACUGUUAGCGGCAACGAUCGGCGCGCGUUUAAUGGCAUCGACUAUAAAUGCUUUGGAGUUAACUGGAAUUUUGACGUCUUUUUGGAGUGACUCGACUACGAUCUUGUCCUGGAUACGAAGAGAGUCCGAAUGGAGCGUGUUCGUUUGGAAUCGAGUACAGGAAAUAAAAAAAUUGACGGAUUGGAAAGAGUGGAGACACGUCCCUGGCGAGAUCAAUCCGGCGGAUUUGCUCUCGAGAGGAUGCUCUGUGGAAGCGUUGAUUGCGUCAAAAUGGUGGGAGGGUCCAGAGUGGCUGUUGAAUCCCGCGCGAGAUUGGCCUAGACAGUCAUUCACAGCUGACGAGACGGAAGUACGUACGGAGCUGAAGAAAACAGCGACGAUAAUGAUGGUCAACGAUUCUCGAGAAAUCCCAUCGAACGAUUGGAUUUAUCAACAUCGAUCUGGCUAUCGAGAAACCAUACGUUUGCAGGCGUACGUACGGCGGUUUGUGAAUAAUUCUCGACGUUCUAGGGAAGAACGGAAAAUCGGAAAUUUGUCGGUGGCAGAGAUCGAGGAAGCAGAAAUGCAAGUUCUUGAGUCGGUUCAAGAGGAAUCGUUUAAAGGCGAGUACGACGAGAGAUUUGGGUCGUUGAGUGCGUUCAAGGACGAGGACGGUCUCAUUCGAUUGAAUACGAAAAUUGCGAGACGUUCAGAUGCGUACUCUUUUCGUUUUCCCGUUGUUUUGCCGAGCCGCCAUCCGAUAACGCGUCAAUUGGUUUUCAAGAAACACGUGGAAUUAUGUCACGCCGGAGUACAGACUGUCCUGGUCAACCUUCGAGAGGAUUUCUAG